CGCAGUGGGCGGGCCGGGUGGCGGCGGCGGCGCUGCGCUGACUGGGUUGGGCCGGGCAGCGGCAGCGACGGCUGAGGUGGUUGCAGAGGCCGCUGAGGCGCUGACUGAGUGGCCGGCAGGCGCCUGUAGCCUCGAGCAGCCCCUUCGUGCCGCCCGCUAUUCCCCGGGCAGCGGUGGGCCGCGGCGCGCAGCCUGCCAGGGAUCUGCGGCGGGCACACCCCGGCGGCGGCGACAGCGGACAGGUUAGAGUGGGGGCAGGGACGGUCGCGGGAGCAGCCGGGGGUCGGAGAGGGAGCCCGAGCCAGGCCAUCUCCAACCAUGUCCGACGAAGCGUCAGCCACCACUUCGUACGAGAAGUUUCUAACCCCCGAGGAGCCCUUCCCGCUUCUGGGACCCCCUCGCGGGGUGGGCACCUGCCCGAGCGAGGAGCCGGGCUGCCUGGACAUCAGCGACUUCGGCUGCCAGCUCUCGUCUUGCCAUCGCACGGAUCCGCUCCACCGCUUCCACACCAACAGGUGGAAUUUAACUUCCUGUGGAACAAGUGUGGCCAGCUCAGAAUGCAGUGAGGAGCUGUUUUCAUCAGUUUCUGUUGGAGAUCAAGAUGAUUGCUAUUCCCUAUUAGAUGAUCAGGACUUCACGUCUUUUGAUUUAUUCCCUGAGGGGAGUGUCUGCAGUGAUGUCUCUUCUUCUAUUAGCACAUACUGGGAUUGGUCAGAUAGUGAAUUUGAAUGGCAGUUACCAGGCAGUGACAUUGCCAGUGGGAGUGAUGUACUUUCUGAUGUCAUACCCAGUAUUCCAAGUUCACCUUGCCUACUUCCUAAAAAGAAAAACAAGCACCGGAAUUUAGAUGAACUUCCUUGGAGUGCAAUGACAAAUGAUGAACAGGUGGAAUAUAUUGAGUAUCUGAGUCGUAAAGUCAGUACUGAGAUGGGUCUUCGGGAGCAACUUGAUAUUAUUAAAAUCAUUGAUCCUUCUGCUCAGAUCUCCCCUACAGACAGUGAGUUUAUUAUUGAACUUAACUGUCUCACAGAUGAAAAACUGAAGCAGGUCAGAAACUACAUCAAGGAGCAUAGCCCUCGCCUACGGCCUGCAAGAGAGGCCUGGAAGAGAAGCAACUUUAGUUGCGCAAGCACCAGUGGAGUGAGCGGUGCCAGUGCCAGUGCCAGCAGCAGCAGUGCCAGCAUGGUCAGUUCUGCAAGCAGCAGUGGGUCCAGUGUUGGAAACUCUGCUUCAAACUCCAGUGCCAACAUGAGUCGAGCACACAGUGACAGCAACUUGUCUGCAAGUGCAGCAGAGCGGAUUCGGGAUUCAAAAAAGCGAUCCAAGCAGCGGAAGUUACAGCAGAAGGCCUUACGCAAGAGGCAGCUGAAAGAGCAGAGGCAGGCUCGGAAGGAGAGGCUCAGUGGGCUAUUCCUUAAUGAAGAAGUGCUGUCCUUGAAAGUGACUGAGGAAGACCACGAAGCAGAUGUAGAUGUUUUGAUGUAAUAAGGGUGAAUUUAUCAGCGUUCUUUCUAAGCAUUAUUCUAUCCUUAUUUGUUUACAUGCAUCUUGACCAAACUUUUGUUGGUUAGGGCUGUGCUGAUGUACUAUUCAUAAUUUAGGUCUGUGGUUCUCAGCAGGUGGUCCUCAGACCAGCAGCUUCAGCAUCAGCUGAGAAGUUAUUAGAAAUGCAUACUCUUGGGCCCCACCCCAGACCUAGUGAAUCAGAAAUGCUGUGGGAGGGGCCUAGCGUUGUGUUUUAACAGGCACCAGGUUAUUCUGCCACACACUCUAGUUUUAAGAACCACUGAUUUAGUAAAUGUUUUGACUAUUUAAACUUCAGGGUGGUUAAGUGGGCUUUUUCAAAGACUAGUACUUUUACAGUUUAGAAGACUUUAAGGUACUGCUGACAAAUAGUUUAUUAUGUCAGUAUACAUAUGUAGAGAUCAUAAUUCAGUUUCCUUCUUAAUGUUAAGACUUCUUAGUUUAGUUUUUCUAAAGGGCCAUAGCAUAAUACUCAAUUCCUAGUGGACAUCUUUUUUCCAGGUUGGGGUAGGGUGUGGAUUGCUGUUUACAAUAGUGCCUUCAUUAGGUUUAGUUCUAUCUGUUUUCAUUAAUUAUUAACUCAAAGGUGUAAAAACAGGCCCUGAUAUCUUUCGUUAGGUUUGUUUUUGUUUUUCACUUUAUGUAAAUUCAGAAUCCUUUCUGCAAGUGAUGACUACUGAGAAAAUAAUGUUACUAGUGGCUGAAUUUUAGACAUGAUGCUAUGUUGAUUAAUAUUCAAAAGGAGAAAUCAAGUAAACAAAACAACCAAUUCUACUUUUCCACUGCUUUUUGAAAUUUUAGGCUGUGAAACUGCCUUAAAGGCAGAAAAUAUCUCUUAUCAAGUUCUUUUGUAGGUCUUUUUAUUUUCAGCACAGCUCUAAUUUUUAAAUAUUUGGUGUAACAGCUUCUGGCAUGUGAACAGGUUAAUGUUCAAAAUUAACUAAAGAAAACCCUUAUAGUUCUGCUAAACUCUAUAAAUCGCUAGAAAUACACUGAGCAGUGAGAUAUAAAAAAAAACUUAGCUUCUUGGCUACUAAUAGAAAUCUAAUUUUAAAUGUGAAAUCAUAGAGUCUCUUUAAAUGUUUUCAUGGAGAGUUUGUUAUGAACAUUAGAAGUAGUGUGAUUCCUUUUAUUUUUCCACGCAUCUUUAAACAUUCACGUGGGUUAAAAAAAGGAAACUGAUACUACUGACAAUCAAGCUGCUUUCUGACUUUCAUAAUUUUCUUUUUGUUGUGGAAACUUGGGAGGUAAUCAUAAUUUUGUAGGAGGAGUUGUAAUCAAUACUUUUUUUUUUUUUUUUUUUUUGCUGUAUGCGGGCCUCUCACUGUUGUGGCCUCUCCCGUUGCAGAGCACAGGCUCUGGACGUGCAGGCUCAGCAGCCAUGGCUCACGGGCCUAGCCGCUCCGUGGCAUGUGGGAUCUUCCCAGACCGGGGCACGAACCCGUGUCCCCUGCAUCCGCAGGCGGACUAUCAACCACUGCGCCACCAGGGAAGCCCUAAUCAAUACUUUUUUAAACUCUAGAGUCAGCGGUUGAUAGAUUUCUACUUUUUUUAUUGUAUCAUAUCAAGUAACCUGUUAAAAAGAUUAACAACUUAGAUUCUUAAUUCUCAGUUGAUAGAAAGGCUUAACCUUUUCUUACAGUCAUGUGUUUUGAAAUUUUGAUUUUAUUUUAGUUCCUCAAAGGUUAAAGAAUUGAAACUGAGGAAAAAAUUGAUAUAUUGCAGCUUUGCUGAGGACUGUGGUAUGGUUGUAACAUUUCGAAGACUACUAAAUUCAUACUUUAAAUUUUUACUAAAAUAAAAGUAUAUACGUAUAUAUGGUUAUCAGUUGGAGUAGUCCUUCUGACUUUCCUCUUACCCCCUCUUUGUGCUUCUAACUAGCUUAGAGGGCCCAAAGAGAGCUUGGGGAUAGAUCCCAGAAUAUUCUGAGGAAGACAGAAAGGGUCCACCUCGUUGUUUUCCCUUCCAAAUAUAUGAAGAGUAAAUGGAGAGAAGAGCAAAUACAGGUGAUUUCUCUACCUGCUCUUAGCAAAAGCAAAAUUCCAGGGAAUGAUUGCCUGUUCUCUUUACCUACUCUUCAAGGAAAACAGGCUACUUUUGGAAAUCAUAGAGCAGCAUUUAUCUAUUAAAUACUUGGAAACAGUUUACUUGACAGUGACCAGUAAAAGAAAAUCCUAAUAAGACCAAUUCCUCUACUCUCCCAACAAUCACAUAGUCUUAUUACCCUAGAUUUAACUUAAGUCACUAUUAAACAAGUUUACCAAAGCACCACAGAGCCAGUUUUUAAAGUUUAUAAAGGUUUGAGUGUUUAUAGUAAAGUGUGCCAUGAAAUUUUGUGUAAACUGGAUGCGCUGUUUUUACGGUACCAUAAAUUAGAGGUAGCUCAUUAAGUUGUCUUGGAAGAGAUUGAAAGAAUGAAAAGAAAAGAAAUUAAGCAACUUGGGUUUGCUUAUGAUCGAAGAGGGAGAUUACAAAGUUUUUCUCUACCUACCCACCCCCAAAUAAACAGCAGAAAAAGACAGAAAAUUCUCGUCUUUUUUAAUGUGCUAUACUUUUUUUUCGGUUUUAUUGCCUCUUGUAGGUAAUUCAAGUUUGAAUUAUUUCUUUCUUGGAAUAAGUAAUAAAUUCAGUCUGGUCUCUUUCUGAGUUCAACUGAAAACAAAUCCAACUCAAUAUUUAUUUCUUUUUAAAUAUAAACCCCAACUAACCAAUUAAUAAAAAUGUGAGAUUUAUUUGCUCCAGUGUCAGUUCUCAUCUGUAGAGAGUUGAUGUUGGAGCAAAUAAGUCUUUCCUUUUAAAAAUAAGCCUUCUUAACUGAGGGCAUGAUAAAAAAUAAGCCUUGUUAACUAAGGGCAUGAUAAAGUCACAUCAGAUUUAUCCAGAAACAUUUUAUUAGAGAUCUUUUAUGUAUGUCAAUUAUAUCUCAACAAAACUGGAAAAAAAAAAGAUUUCAUAGAAUCCUGUCAGUCCCUACCACAGCUUUUAAAAGUGUGAACCUUGAGUUUAAACAAAAUGGCAUGUCUUUUUCCACAGUUUUGCAAUGGAGUUAAAGUAAGGCAAUGUAGUAUAAUGUAUAGUGGAGUAUAAAGGGCUAAUUCAUUCUAUCCCAAGAAGAACUUAGAGUAAAAUAACUUUUUUUUCUUGAGACUUCUCUCAUUUUUAGUUAGGUGUGUUGGCAGUUUUGUCCGUUUCGUCAGUCCUUUGGGUUAACUAGAUAUUGCUGAAUUAAUCCCAGAAACUGACUUGUAAUUCGAUGACUCCAUGAAUUGGGUGAACAUUUCAUUUUAUUUAGCUCUUAAAAGUGCUAAAACCCCUCAUGAAGGAAAAAUUUCAAGAAACUAUUGUAUAAAGGUAUCCAGAUUCUGAUGAGCUUUAAAAAUUGUGAAAUUGAUCAAAUGUCUUCAUAUUUAAGCCAAAAAUGUUAGUACAUGAAAAAUAUAGAAGUCUUGUUCCCAGGAUUCUCUAGCAGAAUUUUUUGUUUGUGGCUUACUCUAUAUAGCCUCAUGUGCCUUAAAGGUGAACUCUGUACUUUUCAUCAAUAUCAGGCUUUUCCAAACUCAAAAGUAAUCUAAAUGUUGUAAUUCGUUUUGUAAAAUGCCCAUGCUGUUGGAUAUCAGUAAGCAAAGGCAUUAAAUCGAGCUAUGUAAUCAAUGAUAAGAGUGUAUAACAAAACAAAAACCUUCAGAUCUCAAGUUUCGUUUGCAUAACUUGAUUUUUGGCCCAGCUAGGUCAUGGAAGAACAUUGAAGUCAACUAAAGUAUAGCUUAACGUAUUCUUUUAUUUUUUCCCCUGAAAAAAGUCAUAAACCAGGACACUUUUUUUUUUUUUUUUGGCUACGCUGUGUGGCUUGCGGGAUCUUAGUUCCCCGACCAGGGAUUGAACCCGGGCCCUCGGCAGUGGAAGUGCAGAGUCCUAACCACCGGACUGCCAGUGAAUUCCCGAGAAUACUUUUUAAAACAAGAUAACUCUGGAAAGAUAAUUUUCAAGGCAAAAGUACUUUCAAGAACAGAGAUUAUAUAGCAAGUUGAUUCUCUUGUUAACUUUAGGGAUUUUUUGUAUUCAUUCAUGUAAUAGCUGAACAUUCCUUUUCCCUUUAACAAAUUACCUUUUAGCACUUCUAUCUAGAAGAAAAAACGUUUGCUUAGAAUUGGGAGGGGGUUACUUAAAGUCAGUAUAUAGUAUGAGAUGGUUGAUAGGAAAAUUUCCAGUUACAUUCAAAUACUAGUAGUGAUGUUGAUUACACUGACAUUCAACAUGUCUAAAGUUAGAGGUAAAUUUAAUCCUUAAAAGGACUAUUAGGUAGAAAAUAAGUAUUUGUAUACACAUGUACUGUGGUAACUUUGGAUUCAUUUUAAGUCUGACAGAGUAAGAUAAGUUUUAUCUUUACAAUGAAAUUAUGCUAAGUGGCAGGAGGUAUCUGAGAGAUAUUUAGACCGAGGCAUCCCUGUCAGUAUCUGGAACAUAGCUCCUUAGAAAUGCUUAAUUCUUAUUUCUUUGGAAAAUAACUUACUUAUUUACUUAUUCCAAAAGGCUUAGAAGGAACUAUGAAAAUUCCUCUAGGUUAACUGGCUAUUAAGAGUAAGAAGUCAACUAUACUUUGAUAAAAAUUUAUUUUAAGGAUAAAAAAGAGUAAGGAGGUUGCAUGGUAUAACUGAGUUGACUCACUAAAAUUUUAUUUUCAUAUUUUUUCUAAUAUUAAAAUUAUUUGUUUUCAGCCCCCCUUCACAAUUAUAUUUUAAAUUAAGGUUAUUAAUGUUUUAACCUAGAUCACAUAAUGGUAAAUUAAUUUUAAUUAGAUAUUCAUACUGAACUUGGAGGAACUGAUUUGGUCAUCUCUGAUUUCAAUAUGUAAUACUUUUUAUUGUUAAAUUACUUUGUUACAUCUUUGUGGUCAGUGGAACCUGUGGAAAUCUGUGUUCUUUUUUUGUGGUGAGGGAUAGGGGUAGAAAAGAGGAGAGUUGUUCUAAUUAUACAUAUGCAUUUUGACUAUAUAAAGGUAGAUGUAGAAUUAAUAUGUAUAAAUGACAAGUUAACACUUACCUAUUCUGAAUUGUUCUAAGGAACAGUGGCCUGAAGCCAUGGCUUGUUUUGUGGAGCUGCUUGCUCUUUAAUAGUAGCUGACCAAUGGGAUUUAAGUUGAGACUUUGGGGUUAGGUUAUCAAGCUGAGGCUUUUAGGAAUGGAGCAGACCAUGUCUGUUCCUAUAGUGGAUCAAUUUCAUUUCUCCUUUGAGUACUCUAAUUUAGAUAUAGGUAUUAUCCAUUCUAAAUCUUUGUGUUGGGAGUUUUAUAGAACUGUUUUCAAAAGCUAUUAAGGAUAAACACAAGUAUAUGUAAAACAUUUCACAGACGGUUAAAAUUUUCAAUUUUUUGUUUUAGUUUCAAAGGUUAGUUAUGUAGCAUCAAUAUCAUAACCAAAGCAAGUAGGAAGUUGACUGGUUUGGAGAAUCUUCAAGUAGUCUUAAAUACUGUAAUGUAUCAGGUUGUUAACCAGGAAUUUUUCCUGUAUUUCUGCUAAAUGUAUUACUAUAUUAAUGCACUUUUGUAUAUAUAACUGUCUUCUGUACAUUCUGUACUUACUACAGUGUAUAUAAAAGCUGUUUUUCCUGAAGCUGUGAGGGAAAAGCAAUAGCUGUAAUACAAGUCAUUUCUAUUUUGAGUUUCUUCUUGUACUUGAAAGUAGUAGUUCAGUAGUUAAAUCUAAAUGAGUAUAUAUGGUUGUAAUUAAAAUGGCAAUGUGGCAGAGCUGUCUUUUGAAACUGAUUAUCAGAAUGAAAAGUGUUUUGGUUAUUAAGAACUCUUGUAAUAUUUUAAACUGUCUCUUUUGAUGUACCAUGAAUUCUUACAAACCCACUGCUGCUUACUACUUUAUACUUCUGAUUCUACUCCUUUUCAUGUCUCAUCCGAGAACAUUUAUCAACAGAGAAGAAUUUCUCUCUUUUCUUUUGCUCAUGGUUUGGUUAAGGCUCCGUAAACUUUUGUUUUGUGAAAGCUCCAAUUUCCCAAAUGUCAAUUGGCAAAUCAUUUUUUUUUCCUGGAAAGAUCAGAUUUCUGGAGAGAUUAGCAUUCAUAGUAAGUGAAAAUUAGGUCUAACAUUGUUUACAAAAAACCAGAUCUAUUUUCCUUAUAUAUUGUUCUAGAGUCUUUUUAAGUUAUAAUUAUGUAAAUGUCUGAGCAGUUUUAUGUAUAGGUAUAGAAGCAGUUCAGCUUUUCAGCAGCAACUUUAUCUCCUGCCGCUAGAGGGAGGCCUGUGGUUGCUGUCUCCUUCGGAAAAUGUCUUAGCUGCUUUUCUUUUGUUUUUAAUUUCAGAGGUUGGAAUCGACCUCAUGCUCAAAAUUCCUUUUGUGAUAUUAAAUGCUUUGAUUUGUUAGUCAAAGGUAAGUUAAUUGAGCCUGUUUAAUAAAGCCAAUAUUAUUCAUGCUUUUCUGUAAUCUUCAAUUUUUAAUAAAUGAGUUAGAUAUUAA